CAGAUUCACAGACAAGAGUCUGACUGUAAAACCGCUAGGUGUAUUUGGCCAAUAUGAAGACGUAUAACAUGUAAUUUGUAUAAAAAACUAUUAGGUAUUUAGUAUGCAAGUAAUCUUGUUUUUAAAAUGAUGCUAUUUUAACAAACCAUGCAACGAAUAACCAUAGAUGUAAUUUAUCAUGACCCCGUUCAUACUGUUCUGUGCAAGUUUACAAGCUGAGAUAUGAGCCUAUCUACCUUUGUGUGUGACAGUAUUGUAUGUCAGGUGGGUAUCAUUUUACUGCAGAGAUAUUUGAAACCCAGGUAAGGCAGGCACAUGUCUGAAGUCAGGUGACCUGAGGUGGUAUUACACACAGACACACUGGUCCUCACUACUGCCAGUAACUACAGAACAGGACCAUGACGUUCAUCGCGAAGACCUUCUAUGAUCUGAAGGCCACGACCCUGGAGGGGGAUUCAGUAGACUUCAAUGUGUUUCGAGGGCGGGUGGUCCUCAUUGAGAAUGUGGCAUCGCUCUGAGGGACAACCACCCGGGACUACAGCCAGCUCAACUUGCUCCAGAGCAAGUACCCUCACCGGCUAGUGGUCCUGGGCUUCCCCUGCAAUCAGUUUGGCUACCAGGAGAACUGUUCAAAUGGGGAGAUCCUGAACUCAUUGAAGUAUGUGCGUCCAGGAGAUGGCUACCAGCCUGGCUUCACUGUCUUUGAGAAGUGUGACGUGAAUGGAACCAACACUCACCCUGUCUUUGCCUAUUUGAAAGACAAACUUCCCUAUCCUGAUGAUGAUCCACACACCCUCAUCCAGGAUCCUAAAUUCCUCAUCUGGAGUCCCAUCAGCAGGACAGACAUCUCUUGGAAUUUUGAGAAAUUCCUGGUUGGGCCAGAGGGAGAGCCCUUUAAACGUUAUAGCAAAAAAUUUGAGACUAUCAACAUCGAGCCUGACAUACAAAGACUGUUGAGACUAACCAAGACCUGAAAAUAGCAUGGAAAUGUUCUCCUUGUGUACUACUCAUUCAUGACUUCACAUCUAUGAUAGACAGGAACUAUUAUGGCGUCGUCCAUCCUUUUGAGUUUUACUAAAUGAGGUUAAUAUUCUAAACUUGGGAGUAUUAUCUGAGGCCACGUAAAUGCUCAAGAGUUGUGGGUUAUGCCUUGAUAAGUCUUGCUCAUGUAAUAAAAAUAUGG